CCAGCCAUGGAUGCUUUCGUGUCGCGGAAGCGCCGGCGGAUAGAAGCCUGUGGCACGCCUUGUCGCACUGAGGACGAUAUAGACCAGAACGGCGACACAGACUUCAAGCUUGCCGUUUUAGCGUCACUCCACCCCAAUGUCGAUAAUUCCACUCUUCUAGAAGCGCUUCUUGCUUCCGACGGUAUGGCUGAACGUGCUUCGGAGAUGCUUACAUCUGAAAGCGUCCCGACCCCUCGAAAGCGGCCUUUGUCCACCGCAAAAUACCAAGCGUCCUUAUCAAAAUAUCGACUGUCUCCAGCACACCGGAGUGGAGGCCCAGCAAUAAAACCGCUCGUGCAAAAAGGAAAGACUCUUUUUCUGUACUCGCCGGAGGAUAUCGAAGCGCACACACCUUGUUCUAUCAUUCACAAUUUUUUGCCUUCAGAGCAAGCCAACAGUCUACUAAAGGAACUGGUAGAAGAGGCGCCUUCUUAUUCGAGCUUGGAGUUCAAGCUUUUCGAUAGAGUAGUCACCAGUCCUCACACAUUCUGUUUCUAUGUCAACAGUUUGGCUGAGGCUGAGGAACAGAAGACUGAAUAUAUCUAUGAUGGAAGAAAAGUGGAUGAUGUUCGCCAAAGCCCCCCAGAAAUGCUCAAGGCAUGCCCGCAAGUCGAGGAAGCUGUGAAUGGUGAAAUCCAGCGCCGGAUCAGAGACUUCUAUCCUGGACGCGAAAAGCUCAGAUACCAAGACCCGACACCGUGGAAGGCAAACACGGCUUUUGUCAACUGCUAUGAUGGACCCAAGGAGUGCGUUGGGUACCAUGCGGACCAGUUAACAUACCUUGGGCCUCGCGCAGUCAUCGGAAGUUUAAGCCUAGGAGUUGCCCGAGAAUUCAGAGUGCGCAAGGUAGUCGCCGAGGACGAAGAGCAUCGCAAAGAAGACGGUUCGCUGGCAGAUGCCCAAGGCCAGAUAUCCAUUCAUCUUCCUCACAACUCCCUUCUCAUCAUGCACGCGGAAAUGCAGGAAGAGUGGAAACACUCGAUUGCUCCGGCGCAGACUGUUGAGCCUCACCCAAUAGCGGGAAACAGACGUCUCAACAUCACCUACCGGUACUAUAAAGCCUCACUUCACCCUAAAUUCACUCCAAAGUGUAAAUGCGGUGUACCGACGGUGCUCCGAUGCGUCACAAGACAGAAAGAAACGCGUGGUCGUUAUAUGUGGAUGUGCCAUACCAACUACGUGCCUGGUCAAGACGGAUGUUCAUUCUUCCAGUGGGCAGAGUUUGACGACGAUGGCGAGCCGCCGUGGGUACACGCCGAACGAUGA